AUGCACAACACAGCCCCUGGCGCGUCCGAGGUCAACAUGGCACCAGCAUCCGAGAAGCCGCCUACUAGACCCGGCUCGUCGGCAUCGGAUCCAGAUGCCGGUGACGAACCAGGUCCGGGACGGCACACCGCGGCCGCGGAUGGCGCUCACCUCGACACUUGGCGGGGAUGGUUGGUGGUGGCCGCCGCGUCCACGUCUCUCUUCAUGUACAUGGGUGUCAUAUACAGCUGGGGCGUGCUUCAGGCGAGGAUGGCCGACGCCAGGGGCUACUCGCUGACGACCCUCACAUUUGUCGGCUCGUUGGCCACGUCCUUCAUGGUGUCGCUGUGUAUAUUGGUGGGCAAGCUGGUCAGAAAGUUUGGCUACACGAGGCCGGCCUUGGUCGGCGCCGUGUUACUGGGACUGGGCGAGUUUCUGUCGAGUUGGGCCGUAGGCCACCUGUGGGCCCUGUUUCUCACGCAUGGGAUAUUGUUUGGUAUCGGAGGGGGUUUGACGAUUUUGCCUUGCUCGACAGCGCCGCUGCAGUGGUUCCGCAAGUAUCGCGGGCUUGCGACGGGGAUUGUCUUUGGCGGCGGGAGUCUCGGCGCCGCAGUCAUGGGCGUCGCUUCCAGCGAGCUCGUCAACAAGGUCGGCAUCGAGUGGACGUUUCGCAUCUUGGGCUUCAUGCUGUGGGCGCUCUGUCUCCCGGCCGCCUACUGCAUCAAGCAGCCCUUGCUGUCCAAGUCGUGCGUUCCCCAACUUCAGUGGUAUCGAUGGCGGGAGCCCAAGUUCAUCCUUCUACUCGUCGGUGGUGCCAUUGCGUGCUUCCCUCUCUUUGUCCCGCCGUACUUUAUCCCCAUCUUCGCCCGGUCCGUCGGCAACAGCGGCAGCAGCAGCAGCAGCAGCUCUGGCUCGACCGCCGUCGUUGCCCUCACGAUAUGGAACCUAGCGUCGACGCUGGGUCGUGUGUUUGCCGGCUAUUCUGCCGAUUCGUUCCUCGGUCCGCUCAACAGUCUAACCAUUUCGCUCCUCUUGUGCGGCGCGAGCGCGUUGGCAAUGUGGCCGUUCGUGACGAACAUGGGCUUGCUCGUCUCCUUCACCAUCAUCAACGGCAUCGGCUGCGGCUCCUUUUUCAGUCUGUUCCCUCUCGCCGUGGAGACUACCUUUGGCUCCUUGAACACCAUGGGCAUUUUGCCCAUUCUGUGGCAGGCCUGGAUUUUCGGCUACUUCCUGGGCACCCCGAUUGCUGCGAGACUGUACUCCGCGGCGGGAACUGGAACCGAUGUCAGUCUCUACCGACCGGCUGCUUACUAUGCGGGGACAGCGUCCUUUGUCGGCAUGCUCUUUAUGCUUGCUGUUCGCCUGAUGAACUCGAGAAAGGUCUUUGCAAAGGCGUGA